ACAGAACUGCUUCAAAAUGACUGCACCCGAGUAUAGGUGCAGAGUAUAUGCACACCACUCACAGCCUAUUAGCCAUCUGGGAGCAGGCCAGUUACUGUGGUACUGCUUCGUGGAACACCUUCCUAUAUGUCCCUCGACUGCUGCUCCCCUCUGUGUUCUGGUUUUAGAACUACAUCAAAAGAAAUGGCAAGACACAUACAGCAACUUCCGUGGCACGCUGCGCCAUUGUGCAUUUGUGUAGCUGUGAGUUUCAAAUGUUCUUAUUACUGUUUGCCAUUUAUUGUUAAUUUUUCUCUCAAAUAUGUCACAUUUUCUGAGUGAGAUAGAAAUUUUAGAAGCCUUAGAAGAAGAAUUGGAUGAUUCUGGUUCUCAGUGGAAAUUGUCUGAAUGUGAAGAGAAUGAAGAGGAUCCAGAUACAGAGGAAUCUGAUGAGACUGCUGCAUCUGUGCAGUCAGUGUUAACUGAACAAAGUACAUCCUUGGCAACACUGACAUUAGCUGCAACAGAACUGUCUGUACCUCCAACAAAGAGGCAACGAAUUUUGCGGGAAAAACCCACUGGUGCCGAAUUAGGCUGUAAAUUUGCUGACAAUGAGAGUACUGUGCCACAACUUGCAGAGAAAAGUGGAGUAAUAGCAGCUGUUCAUGAGAAUUCCACUCCUCUCAAUGUGUUUUCGAUCUUUUUCCCCGAUUCCAUAAUGAAACACACAAAAUCCGAAAAGAACAGAUAUGCAAAGUCUGUUUAUGACAAACUCAAAGCAGUUUCCAGGGUAAAGCCUCACAGUUUUUGUAAUUUGUGGGUGGAAGUAAAGCUGCACGAAAUGUAUUUGUUUUUUGGCAUAUUUAUACACAUAUGUCUUGUGAAAAAAAGCAAAACUGACAAAUUACUGGUCUACCAACAAUUUUAUUUUAACCCUUUCCCUGGUUCUGCUAUGGCCAGAAAUAGAUUCAAUGCAAUAUUAUCAAACCUGCAUUUGAAUGACAAUGCAAAAUACGUUCCAAAAAGUCAACCUCAGCAUGACCCCAUGCAUAAAAUCAGGCCAAUCCUGGAUCAUUUCUUAUUAGAAUCACAAAAAUCAUUUUACCCAUCAGAAAACCUCAUUAUUGAUGAAGGCAUGUGUGGUUUUUGUGGAAGAGUGGUAUUUCGGGUUUACAUAAAAAAUAAACCUGACAAGUAUGGAAUCAAGAUGUUUACUGUUUGUGAUUCCAAAACUGGUUAAGUUCUUAGAUUAGAAGUAUAUGCUUGGAAAGGAACACAAGACAACUCUAUAAUAACAUUAUUGGAGACGUUGCUAGCAGAUUACCUGGGAAAAGGCCACACUGUUUACAUGGACACAUUUUGUAGUUCACCAGCAGUAUUCGAUUUUCUGUGACAACAUAAAAUGAAAGCAAUAGGUUCAUGCAUGACUAAAUGGAAAGAACUACCAAACGAAAUUGUUUCCAAAAAACUGAAAAGGUAUGAGUCUGUGUCAAUGAGGAGGAAUCAUCUGCUUUGUCUGAAGUGGAAAGACACAAGAGAUGUACCAUGCCUGUUCACUGUGCACAAAAUGACCAGCUCUGACACAUAUGUUCAUAGAAAGGAAGGUUGUUGUUGUUGU